UUCCAGACAGCUGAAUAUUUUACAUUUUUAUUUUAAAUACCUUGUUAUUUUAGUCAAUUUUAGUAAAAUUAAAACACAAACACAUACUAUUGCUCGCCAUUUUUAUUACGAUGAAUAUUAAAAAAUAUGAAAAUAAUGUUCACCAAUUGACAGGAGAUGUGACAUUGAACAACGAUAAUAAUGAAGAAAGUUUUAAUAAUACUUAUGUUUUAAAACCAUCAGAUAAAGAAAUUAGUCUUAAGAGUAAAAUUGUUCCUGGGAAUAGUAAACAAAAUAAUAACAUUAUUUAUGAUGACGCUAAUAACGAGGAAGCAAUUUAUGAUAAUGAAGACUUUGACGAUACAGAAUCAUUGUACACUGAUGUAACUUCAAUAAAUGAGACAGUAAAGACGAAUGUAACAAGCCGAUCUUUAUCUUCUGAAUUUUCUUCCUUUUCUCUGAAUGACAAGAAUAUUUCAGAUUCUGGAAUGAAAUCAGAAGUAAAUGUGAUAAAGUUUUACCACAGAAACAAACUUCAAUUAUGUCCUUCAAGAAAAAAACAAAGUGAAUUAAAGAAAGAAAAUAAGACAUUUACAACUGAAGAACUCAUGAAAAUAGAGCGUGAAAAUCUAAUUUUAAUGCAAAAAAUUUUAAAAAUCAGCACGCCACAGACUAAAAUGAAACCACAGUACAUUCAAUCAACAUAUAGUUGUUCUGCUAUUAAUAGAAAAAAGUUUCAAAGAAAAAUUGAGGAAGAAAACUUGAUAUUACUUAAAAAAAUUCAACAAGCUAGACCACACGUGAUAUUGUAAACUUUAAGGAAUUAAGUAAAAUGUGACUCAUAAAAGAAACAAUUUUUUGAUGGUGUACUCAAGAAAAUAAGUUAAGGAUUUGUAUAAGCAUGAUAAAUCGUUAUUGCAUAGUAAAACUAAAAACACUUGUUUAAAACUGUAA